AUGAGUCAAAUGAGGCUCUUUUUGAAGCUCCUCUUCGACAUACAAUGGAACAACAAAGGCAGUGCGAUGAUGUUUCUUUUGAUUCCAGUGUUGAUUGGGUUGAUUCUUCAAGUUGGCAGAUAUUUCGUGCCUGUAUCUCUCCAAGACGAACAAUCCUUCGAUUCAUUCUCCGUCCAAAAACUCUACACAAAAAAUUUCAAAUCCUCGGACACCUUUGAAGUCUUCUACUCCCCCGUCAACGAGGAAACCAAGUUUCUCAUGCAAAAAAGCUGCGACGAGCUUCGACAAAGCUUCGUCACGUACGACUGGUCUGGCAAGAAAAAAUACAAGAAAGGAUUUAACCCGCGAGGAUUUGACGACGAAGCAGCUCUAGAGGAAGCAGCGGUAAAUCAAACGAAUCUCCUGGCCGGAGUUGUGUUCAAAAACGUCGAUGUUGGAAGUGUCGACUUCAGCUAUAAAAUCAGACCGAGAGCGGAAGCAAGGACUGUCACCGGACUGGGAAGGUCAACACUUGGGUGGCUGACAGCGAAUCUGAUUCCCACCAGAUCUCGAUUAUCACCAAAUGGCGGUGUUUCGACACCCUUCAAGUCUCCUUACGGCGAUGCUCCAUACUACUAUAAAGAAGGCUUUCUGACUCUUCAGCACUACCUCAACGAGCACUUUAUCGACCUCGUCGCUGAAGCAAGAAAUAUCACGAAUGAUAAUUUCAAAUCACAGAACCACGUCUUGAACCGAUUCCCCGAAGAAAAAGGCCUGAACGAUCCUCUCGCUGGAAUUCUAGAGCAGCAUUUGAGCUUCAUCAUUCUUCUCGCCUUCUGCUAUCUCGGCCAGCAAGUGGUCAAAAGAAUCGCAAAUGACAAGGAAUCGAGACUGAAGGAGUACAUGCUCAUGAUGAAGCUUGGACGAGAUACUCUUUGGAGAAGUUACUUUCUUUUCUACGCGAUUCUAGCGCUUCUUUCUUCAUUCGCUUUUACGGUGACGAUUUUUCUUCCGAUUUCUGGAAACGCUGUCGUGACUUUUUCGAGCUUCUCGGUCAUUUUUGUAUUCUGCUUUCUUUACUGCUGCUCCCUGAUCACCCUUAGCUUCCUCACGACAGUCUUCUUCUCGACUGGGUCUGCCGCUUCAGCUGCUUCAACCACCAUCGUCUUCUUUCUCUUCAUCCCUUAUUCCUUCAUCGCCAUGAACAAAGCCAAAGUCUUCACCCCCCUCGUUAAGCUUCUCAGUUUCUCCUCCCCUGUCGCUAUGAGCGUUGGCUGCUCUAUAAUCGCGUCAAAAGAAGUCGAUGGCGUUGGUGUCACGUGGGAAAAUCUCGCCGAUCCUGUCAGCUUGGUCGACAAUGAUUCGAUGAAAAAUGCAUUCUUCAUGCUCAUUUUCGACACGAUCUUGUACUACUUACUCGCUCGAUAUCUCGACAUGGUCUAUCCAGGAAAAUACGGCAUCGCAAAGCCAUGGAAUUAUUUCUCAAAAAUCAAGUCGAAGGCCUCCGAAAUCUUAGCCAAACCAGAAGAUCAGCCGAAAUCAUCUGGAAUCGUCGUCGAAAACGUCGAAAAAACCUUCGCAAUUAGCAACUUUGGCAUUCGAAAAGCGCUCGACGAUGUGAGUUUCAAAUGUCCGCAAGAUCAAGUGACAGUAUUACUCGGUCCUAAUGGUGCUGGCAAGAGCACCUUGAUGAAUAUCAUGUGCGGAACGAUCAAAUCCGACGCAGGAAGUGUCGAAAUCGACGGUUUUUCGAUGGAAAACGAACCCGAACAAGCGAGAAGAUCACUUGGAAUGUGUCCUCAGUUCGACAUUGUCAUCGAAGGCCUCACUCCUCUUCAGCACCUGCUCUUCUUUGCACAGCUUAAAGGAUCUGGAAAAACAGAUGCUGUUGAAGAAUCAGAAAAUCUUCUUGCAAAAAUGAAGCUAGAAUCGAAGACAAACACGGCCGUGGAAGACCUAUCAGGAGGAAUGAGAAGAAAGCUAAGCCUCGCCAUCGCUCUGUGUGGCGGGAGCAAGGCGAUUGUGCUUGAUGAACCAAGCUCUGGGCUCGAUGUCGUUUCUCGAUCGGAAAUUUGGGACAUAAUUUCUUCUUACUCAUCCGGCAAGACAAUUCUUCUAUCGACUCAUUACACCGACGAAGCGGAAGCCUUAGCGGAUAACAUUGUCGUCAUGGCCCAGGGAAAAGUCCUCCGAGCCGAGUCGGUCAGUCAAUUGAAGUGCUCAACGAGAUCUGGUUUCCUCCUUUCAAUUUCGCUUCUCAACCCGAUUUCUGCCGAUGUUUUUGCAAACUGGCUCAAGGAAAUUCAUACAGAAUCGAAAAUCAUGGAGCAAUCUGGAACCCAGUUAUCUGUGCUCCUCCCAAGGACCCUCAACCCAACAGUUUUCUUCUCCGAAUUGGAGACAAGGAAGACUGACUUAGGAGUAUCCAGCUUUGCCAUUAAUGAUGAAGGGCUAGAACAGACCUUUAUCAAGAUUUUGAACGAAAAUGCUCACGAAAACUUCUUUCUCAAAAAAUCGAAGAAAAUGGCCGAAAAUGAAGAGACAACAAAACUCAUCGUUGAUCCCUUUCUGAAGCCGUCUCUUAGUGGCGUUUCACUUUGGUGGGGUCAAAUCGUCGGCUGCCUGAUGAAGAACUUCUUUCACUGGAAGAAAAACUGGAAGAUUUUCCUUUGCGAAUUGCUCGUUCCCGCCCUGAUGACGUUCAUCUCGAUCCGGCAAAUUGUUUCGGCUCCUGAAGGUCGAUACUCGCCCGAAGUAAGAUUUGAUAUUGGCGAGUACUCGAGACGGGGGAUUGCCCAAGUUUCCAGCUUUUCUUGGAAUUCGAUCAAAAAAGAGACGGAGGAGCAUAUUCUGGCUUUGAAUCCGAAGACACUUGCCUUUGGAUUGAGCACUUUUGACGGCUCGAAAAGAGAGGUAAUCGGCUGGUUCAACCCGCAAAUGUACCACUCUGCUCCUGCAGCGCUAGAACAAGUCUCAAACUUUCUCAUCAGCGAAAUGCUCAACGAGACUCGAUCUGAUUUCAUCCAAGCGAGCAAUCACCCCCUCCCCAUGGCCGAAACCCUCCUCUCCGAACACGCGAAAAACGACUUCAAUCUCCAAGCAAUGACGCUCGUCUACAACUUGAUUAUCGGAGUCAUGGUCAUGUUUUCUGCCUUUUCCUUGCUGCCAGUGAGAGAAAAGAAAUGCGGAAUGAAUGUUUUACAGACGUGUGCAGGAGUUUCUCAGAAGAUUCGAUGGACCGCGCAGUAUUUUUGGGAUCUUACGACUUGUAUUCCUUCGAUCUCUCUUGUCCUCGUGAUUUUGUUGGCCUGCAGAGGGAUGGAUGUCAUCCAAGCUUUUGUCGACCACAUGGAUGUCCUCAUUGCGAUUUUCGGCCUUUUCUCCUUCGCCCAGCUUCCAAUGGUCUACCUCUCUUCCUUCCACGUCAAAGAUCCUGCUUCCUCAAUCUGCUUCAAUGUCAACCUUUCCGUCGUCUUCACCAUGUGCACCUUCCUCAGCGUCACUUUGCUGGUUCUUGUGGUUUCCCCGCAUUGCUUUGCCAUGUCGAUUUUUGACCUGUAUUUCAACGCGCAAAUGGGCAAGACUUGCGAAAACAAGGGCUUCCAAAAGCUCUGCGAUUACGGAAUCCUCCCUUAUGUAAAGAACCCCUAUUCGUUCGAAAACGGCGGCGUGGGAAAAUAUCUGGUCGCUUUUGGCUGCCAAAUUGCUUGCUUCUGGACAGUGCUGAUGAUUUUACAGAUUUUUGAUGAGAUCGAUGUUCGAACUUUCUUGAAAAGAGGGUUGGCCAAGCUGUUUCGACGAAAUCAACGAAGAGAACUAGAAAAUGGAAAGUUGAAUAACUGUCGCGCGAAAUUGGUUGUUGAUGAUUUGCACAAGAAUUAUGGGAAAUUCAAGGCUCUCAAAGGAAUCAAUUUCGACGUCCAGCCCGGCGAAUGCGUCGGUCUUCUAGGAGCCAAUGGUGCAGGAAAAUCAACAACCUUCAAGAUUCUCACUGGCCAAAUCCAACCGAAUAUCGGCAGCGCCCAUGUUGAUGGAUUCGACGUUUCAACGCAAAAAUCUCGUGCUUUGGAAAAACUCGGCUACUGUCCCCAAUACGACGCGAUUUUGAAGCAACUCUCGCCAAAUGAAGUUUUGAGAAUUUUCGCGAGAUUAAGGGGCGUCGAGGCGAAAUUGAUCGAUGCUCUUGUAAGAUCACUAAUUGAGCUGCUUGAAAUCAGCGACUACAGCGACCAAUCCCUGUCCGAGCUCUCCGGUGGAACAAGAAGAAAAGUUUCCGUGGCAUUGACGAUUAUUGGCGAUUCGCAGACGAUAAUUUUAGACGAACCAAGCUGCGGAUUAGAUCCUAAGUCGAGAAAAGAGCUAAGAAACGUGAUCAAAACAUUGCUUGAGAAGGGAAAAUCCGUGCUUUUGUCAAGUCAUAGUAUGGAAGAAUGCGCUGCUCUUUGUGAAAGGAUGUGUAUCCUGAAUAAAGGAAGCCUAGCGUACUUCGGAAAACAACAAAACUUGAAAGAUCAUUUUUCUCGACAUCUUCACGUCGUCGUUGAAAUCCACGAAGAAUCAAGGAGCAAAGUCUUGGCUGGACUCAAAGAAAUCGAUGAAAACAUGACCUACUCCACAGCUGGAAGCAAUAUGAUCAGAGCGCUUAUCGACAAAAAUGUCCCACUGAGUCAACUAUUCGGCUUCCUUGAAUCCGCCCAGACCGAGAAACUACUCACUAGCUAUACCGUCCGAGAAACCGCAUUGGAAGACAUCUUCCACGAAAUUGAAAACUCUGAAAGUGCCAUAACAGAAGCUGUUUGA